UUCCUCUGCUACCUUGUAAAAACAAUAAUCACGAUGAUACUGCACUGUACAAGGCUGACACAGGGCACACAAAGCCUACUAUUCUCAAAAAUCAUCAGAUCAGGAAAUGCUCUGAAUUCAUAUAAUUCACUGACGAGACCGCUGUUACGACGAUUUCACUGCAAUCUCCGACCACCGCCUGGAGUACCACAGCAAGCGAAACAGAGAAAACCAAUCCUGAGCUUGUGGAGUAGCAGUGCCUGUGCCGGUGUUGGCUCCUGUGUCCCGAGCCUGCGACGUGGCCUGGCACAAGGCGGAAAGGUGUUAGUCAAAAAUGUCAAAUCUGUCCCGGCGCAGGCCCGUCUUAAAAUGGGCAAGUCGGAGUUUGGGCGUCUGCUCAAUUUGGUCGCGUCGGAGAAAUGGGUGCUCCUAGCGGGAAUCGCCUGUCUAGUGGUCUCCUCGGCCAUCACCAUGUCCGUGCCGUUCUUUCUGGGGAAGGUCAUCGAUUUGGUGUUCAACAAAAGUGGCCUGAAUAAAAGGGCCCUUGAAGGUCUUCAACAGUUCUCCUUAUUGCUCUUCGGUAUCUUCGUUCUGGGCGGUCUGGCGAACUUUGCGCGUGUCUAUCUUUUUGGCAAUGCCGCUCUGCGCAUUGUGCGUCUGCUCCGCUCGCGCCUGUACCGAUCGAUGCUCAUGCAGGAAGUGGGCUGGUUCGACACGAAGGGCACCGGGGAGCUGGUCAACCGACUGAGCAACGACACCUACAUGGUGGGCAACUCGCUGAGCCAGAAUGUCUCCGAUGGCCUGCGCUCCUUGGCCAUGAUUGCCGUCGGCAGCGGCAUGAUGAUUUACACGUCGCCACAGCUAGCCAUGGUCAGUGCGCUGGUUGUGCCGGCUAUGGCUGGCAUGGCCAUUGUUUAUGGACGCUAUGUUCGACGCAUUACUAGAACGGAGCUGGACAAGUACGCGGAGAUAAUGAAGUACGCGGAAGAGCGAUUCGGCAAUGUGAAGACGGUGAAAACGUUCUGCAGGGAGCAACAGGAAGUGAUCGCCUUCGAUGAGAAGCUGAACGAGGCUCUGAAGAUUGGCUACAAGGAGACACGGGCCAGAUCCAUUUUCUUUGGCCUGACGGGAUUCUCGGGAAACUUCAUCAUCAUAUCGGUGCUUUACUAUGGCGGGACCCUGGUACUUGAAAAUUCGCUCACCAUCGGCGCCCUCACCUCCUUCAUGCUGUAUGCCGGCUACGUGGCCGUGUCCAUGAACGGCCUGUCAAAUUUCUACAGUCUGCUGAACAAGGGGAUUGGCGCCUCGGAGCGCAUUUGGGAAAUUCUCGAUCGGAAGUGCAGCAUACCCCUUGAUGUGGGACUUCUUCCGACCUCGAAGCCUGUUGGCGAUGUCGGUUUCCACGGUGUCAACUUCAGCUUCCCCACGCGACCCGACAGCUUCGUACUCAAGGACUUCUCGCUGAACCUGACGCCCGGCCAGACUACAGCCAUUGUUGGUCGAUCCGGAGCGGGUAAGACGACGAUAGGCCUGCUGCUGUUGCGACUGUACGAUCCCCAGGGGGGGAGUAUCACGAUGGAUGGAAUGGAUCUGCGCACCAUCAAUCCCCAGUGGCUGCGCAACAAUGUGGGCGCUGUCAGCCAAGAGCCGGUGCUGUUCUCCGGCACCAUACGGGAGAACAUUCUGUACGGCGUGAAUCCCGGCGAGGACCAAAGCGAGGAGCUGCUUCAACGCGUGGUUGAGGAAGCGAAUAUCGGACAAUUUACCAGCAAAUUGCCCGAUGGCCUGGACACGCUUGUGGGCCAGCGCGGCAUGAUGCUCAGCGGUGGCCAGAAGCAGCGUGUGGCCAUUGCCCGGGCUUUGAUAAAGAAUCCCACCAUACUACUGCUGGACGAGGCGACCAGUGCAUUGGACGCCGUCUCCGAGCAGCUUGUGCAGAAUGCCCUAGACCGACUUAUCAAGGGCCGCACCGUGCUGACAAUUGCCCACCGUCUGAGCACGAUCCGGAAUGCGGACAAUAUUGCUGUGCUGGAUGGAGGUCGUAUCGUGGAACAGGGCACCUACGACAUCCUGAUGCGCAUGGAGGAGGGUGCCUUUCGGGAGCUGGUGGCCACCCAGGCGUUUGGGAGUCAUCCCUCGUGAUUGGAUCGACGAUUUUAAACACUUUUGGGGGUGUCGGAUUAGAUAAGAUGGUGUCAGAUUAGAUGAGUGGCCGCGCCACAUGGCUGGCUGGUGGCUGGCGCUCUCGGUUGGCUCUUGGCGCACUCAAGACUCGGUGGGCUAUGUGUUCAAAUAUACCAAUGUUUUAUUUAAGCUAGUAAAAUUCAGAAUGACCAUGUUAAAUAAGAUGCCUUUUAAAUUCUA